GUGGAGAGAUAGUGAUCACAGAAAAUUCUAGGUUGCAAAUAAGAAUUUAUGAAUUAGAACAAAGAAUAUGCGCUUUAAAUGCUGAUAAAGAUGAAUUGAGAAGUAGAAAUGAGGAACUUGUAACUAAGAGAAAUCAAUUUGAAGCAGAUAAUAUUCAGAUUCAUGCAGCAAAUGAAAAUUUGACACGAUUAAACAAUGCAUUAAAAAUUGUUUUGAGAGAUGCUGAAGAUGAAAGAGACCAUUAUAGAGCU